CAAUCACUGCAAUAGUUCUAUACAGGAUCUCUGCUGCAACUGUAUGGAAAUGGUACAGUGGUCAGAUUCCCCCAACAGCUUCAAUUGUUAUGAAACCUAACUGAAAUAUUCUCCACCCAGAUUCUCGCUCAUAUAGUGCCUUCUGUCUUAAAUGAAGCUUGUAAUAAGAUCAGUAAGAGAAACUGAUGGAAUAUGCUGUGUUUAUUUCUCCGCCCAAACACCCUGACAGACCAGUGUAUGGAUGAUCAGUUGUGGAGUAGUUAUCUAUAAAACCUUUCAUAUAAUAUAAAAUGUGUUUUAUGUAACAAAACACACGCACACACAAAUAUAUACUUGAUACACAACGAUAUAAAGUCAUUUUAGGGCGGCUCCUAACUUGUAUGCUUAUAUGUCUCUGGAGCACCACAUUCUCUUUUCAAAGACACCCCACAAAAUGGGACAAAAGCUUUCACAGCACAAUGUUGUCAAACUAUAUGACAAAAGCAUGCUAGCAAGCUUUUAUCAGUUGUGUGCUGUUUGUAUUUGCAAGGCAUUUGCAUAGGUCUAUCUUUUAGGUAGUUAGUUUUUACUUCUAGUGUUACUCCUGCUUUGAAAAGAUAAACACACUUACAAAUACUUAAAUACAGGGUAAAGAAACAGCAUGUUAAUCUAAAUAAGUGAGAAUUAAAACAAUAAUAAAUAUCAAUACAAGAUGAUAAAAUAUAAAAUAACAAUAGAAGCGGAAUAAAAUAGCUAAAUGCAAAAACACUGAUGGAUACCCACCAUGAAGCUGUCAAAUGAACCAGUCGGCUAGCAGAUUAUAUGUUUUCACGUGAGUAGGCCAAUGAUACAUGAACAUAAAUAGUUCAGCUAGGGAAAUCAAUUUCACCUUCAUGCUAAUCAACAUUAAAACCGUACGUCCCCUUUAAAUUCAGUUUUCCAACGUUGAUAUCUUGUGAUUACCUGUCAGAAACAGAACAUGCGCGCUGGAAACAGGGGAGAUGGCAAGAAAGAGGAAGGAGGAGGAGAUGUCGAAUAUAGUAGCUAAAAACGACUACUCCUGCUAGUCGAGAUGUGAAUCAUAAACAUUGGAACUAAGGAGGUCGACAAGCAUGUAAAACCGGACGUAUAAUAUGAGAUACAUCAAGAACCACGCAGAAAGACAUUGUCGCAUUUUCUGGACAUAAACCGUGUAUCGUUUUGUGGUUAUUUGCGGGUGAAGAGGAGUUCCAUCAUGGGGAACGAGGCGAGCCUAGAGGGUGGUGAAGGGUCGCUUUCUGAAUUACCGGAGGGGAUCUCAGCCGAUGGGAAAGGUGGCUUCGUCCGGACGUCUACAGGAGAGAAAGCGGACCUUACUCAUCUCAGCGAAGAGGAGAGAAGUCAACUUGCGGCCGCGAUGUCAAGGGUGCCAGGCGGGUUGGCAGGAUGUGGCAGGGAUGCUGCGACUUCCAGGGUCCCUGCGGGUGCUGGGACCAGCAAGGGCCCCACCGGUCUGAGCAAGAGCCGUACAGUUGAUGCUUUUGCUGAAGGUCCACCCUCGAAGCCAAAACCUGGGCGUAGCCCUUCAUCCCUCAGCCUCUUUGAGAGCCGUUUCAAGCAGGAGCCAAAGGAUCCCUCGGAGUCCAGGACCAGCAUGUUCUCCUCUGGGUUUCUAAGUGGGGCCAACCCCUUGAGUGCGGUCUCCUCUGCUGUGUCGUCCUCAGCUGCUAACAUCUCCAAACUAAAUCCUUUUGGAGACGAAGAAGAAGAGGAACUUGCUGCCAAACAAGCCGGUAAAACUGGAGGUCCACAAGGGCCAAGGAAAGGCCCCCAGCAGCAAGGACCAAGACCACCUCAAGGACAAGGGCCACCUCAAGGACAAGGGCCACCCAAAGGUCAAGGACCGUCUCAGCAAGGGCCACCCAAAGGUCAAGGACCCUCUCAGCAGGGGCCACCUCAAGGACAAGGGCCACCCAAAGGUCAGGGGCCACCUCAAGGACAAGGGCCCUCUCAGCAAGGGCCACCCAAAGGCCAGGGGCCACCUCAAGGACAAGGGCCACCCAAAGGCCAGGGACCGUCUCAGCAGGGGCCACCUCAAGGACAAGGGCCACCCAAAGGUCAAGGACCCUCUCAGCAGGGGCCACCUCAAGGACAAGGGCCACCCAAAGGCCAGGGACCCACUCAGCAAGGGCCACCCAAAGGCCAGGGACCCACUCAACAACGAGGAGGACAGCCCCCACAGGGACCAGGCAAACCCGGUGGCCCUGGGCCCCAACAGCAGGGGCCCCUCAGGUCUGGAGGCCCUCCUCCACAACAGGGUCCACCGAAGGGGGACUCCCUGCAGCAGGGCCCCAAUAAGAGCGGUCCCCAGCCGGGACCAGGGCCCCAACAGAAAGGGCCACCAGGGCCCCAACAGAAAGGGCCACCAGGUCCAGGUGGGCCGGCAAAGAAUGCAUCUCCCACUGACAAGUCUAGAGCCACACUCUGUCCACUCUGCAAAGCCACCGAGUUGAAUCUUCAGGCCAAAGACCAGCCGCCCAACUUCAACACCUGCACCCAAUGCUCCCAGCAGGUGUGCAGCCUGUGUGGCUUCAGCCCCCCGGACACCGCGGGUAAGGAGUGGCUCUGUCUUAACUGUCAGAUGCAGCGAGCUCUUGGGGAAGCCGAGAACCCUGGUCCCCCCAAGAUGAAACCACAGCCCUCAAAGGAGGGUUCUGCGCCACCCUCUCCACAGAGAAAAGAGGCUACAAAUACAGGACCGCCUCCCAAGGGUGGGUCCAAGAGACCUCCAAUGCUGACCAAACAGAAGAGCAUCGUUGAUUCAGGGAAAAUAGGGACACCGCCAAUAACUCCCAAACUGAAAUCUCCUGGUCCAUUGAGUCCAAAUGCUCCACUAAGUCCCAGAGGCCCAUUAGGGUCCCAGCCAGGGUCCCAGCCAGGGUCCCAGCCAGGGUCUCGGCCAGGGUCUCAGCCAGGGUCUCCAGGGCCUAGAGGUGGUCAAAAAAUAGACCCGAAAACUGGCCGUCCAAUGCAACAGCAGCAGGGAUCUCCUGCCAGAUCUGCUCCCCCACCUAAACAAGACACAGGCUUUUUUGGAGGCUUUGGAUUGGGAGGGUUGACUGACAUGGCAAAACCUCCUGCUACUGCCAGCCAAGCUGCAGAUUCAGUCACAGGGAAGCUGUUUGGUGGCUUCGGAGGCUCCAAACCCCAGUCAGCCACUUCCUCUCAGCCCACAGGGAAGAUGUUUGGUGGGCUGGGCGGUCUUACAGAUGUCAAAAAGCCCCCUGGGGCUGACGCUGUGUCAGGGAAGAUGUUUGGGUUUGGGUCCUCUCUUCUCAGCUCAGCCACCAAUAUGAUGUCCUCCAACCCAGAAGAUGAAACUGCAGACUCACCGCCAGGUUCACCCCCAGAUUCCCCUGUGGACUCUGGCGCAGAUACACCACCGGGGUCUCCCCCAGACUCUGGGUCAGAUUCCCCCCCUGACACUCCACCGGCCACCUCGAAGAAGGCCCCGACGACUGAUCCUGUGGUGGGGCCUGAGGAAGCCCCCCCUCCAGCUCCAGUCCCUGCGAGCGAGACACCGUCCAGCUGCCCUCUGUGUAAGACGCAGCUGAAUAUGGGAUCAGGGGAUGCACCCAAUUACAGCACCUGCACUGACUGCAAGAACACUGUGUGCAGCUUAUGUGGGUUCAACCCGAUGCCCCAUCUUGGAGAGAAUGAAUGGGUCUGUUUGAACUGCCAGACCCAAAGAGCUCUGUCAGGACAACUGGGUGAUAUGCCACCUUCACCUAAGCCCUCUCCAGCCAAGCAGCCGAUGAAACCAGCCUCCAAACCUUCGUCUCCCACAUCCAGCCCUGUUCCUCCCCCUGCUUCCCCCAUCCCCGAUGCCCCUCCUUCCCCUGCAUCCAAAGCUCCUGCUGCCUCUGCUGAAGUGAGUCCCAGUAUUGAUAAUGCUCAGGCUAAACAGCCUCAAUUAGAUGAAACAGUGGAUCCCAGGCCAACAGCACAGGCAGCAGCAGCAGCCACAGCAGUAGAAGAAGAGCCCCUGCCAGAGAGCAAAACAGAGAAAAACACUGACGCAACUAGCCAACCCAAAGACAAGGAACCACACAAUGAACAUGGAGAUGAAAGUGCGGUGACGCAAGGGAGCAGUCCAACGAGUCCCUCUGAUCUAGCUAAACUGGAGAGCACCGUUCUACCUCUACUAGAGGCUCAGUCAACCACAGGUGUAAGAGAUGAUUUGGAAAAAUCAAAUGAACUAGGCAAAGGCAGGCGUCGAUUAGAAGUGUUACCAAUGUCACCAGAGCCAAGCUCAGAGGACGACGGGCCAGGAAGAAACUCAGAAGGAGAAGAAAGAUAUCACUGUGACCGCCGGCCCCAAGACAGAGCGGAAAAUACUGUCGGUCACAACUGAACUA